GAUACCUUUCUUCAGGCUAAUGUUCCCCAUUAUCCCAAUCCCACUGUUGGUUUCAUACUUUCAUGUCGCACCUUUCUCUCUCUCGAAUUCAUGGCUGAUCCACAUAACCCUAACCCAGUUGCUGAAGAGCCAUCAACAGCAGCCCUAGUAGUUCCACUGAUUGAUCCAAACCAUAACAUAAUCCGAAUAAAAGAUGAAGAAGUUGAAGAAGAAGAAUUAACUGAUACAGAAUUAGAGGAAAACCUACAAAAACUAAACAAUUUCUUAUUAUUGCUUGGUUUUCAUCAAUGUUCAUUAUUAGGGACUAUAGUAUCUUGGGUUGCAUUUGCAAUUAUUGGUGUUUCAGUGCCAGUUUUAAUACUAUUGCUUCCUAGUUGUUCAGGUUGUGAAAAAUAUCAAAUCAAUAAAUUUGAACUUGAUAUUUUAGCUUCUCAAUCUCUUCUUGCUGCCAUUUCUUUACUUUGUGUUUCGCAUAAUUUGAGGAAACAUGGGAUUCGAAAAUUUCUUUUUGUUGAUCGGUAUCAUGGUCAUACGGGGAAGUUCCGGGAAGAGUAUGUCAAGAUGAUCCAGGGAUUCUUCAGCUUGCUUGUUCUGUGGAUAAUACCAUGCUUUGUUUUGAAGACUGUUCGUGAAGUUAUCCGAGUUAUAUAUGUUGAUCAUGAGUCGUGGUGGAUCUCAGUUGCUAUACUGUUUGCUUUGCUUUCCUCAUGGGCGUAUUCUACUAUAAUCUCUCUGUCGGCCAGUGUUUUGCUCAAUUUAGUGUGCAAUCUUCAAGUUAUCCACUUCACUGAUUACACGAAACUCUUGGAAAGUGAUUCUGAUGUUACUGCACUUAUUGAUGAACAUGUUCGUUUAAGGCACCAUCUCUCUAAGAUAAGCCACAGAUUCCGUAUUUUUCUUCUUUUGGAAUUCCUGGUUGUGACAUGUAGUCAAGUGGUUACUCUGUUCCAAACUACAGGGUAUCAUGGAAUCAUCACUCUCAUCAAUGGAGGGGAUUUUGCAGUCAGCUCCAUCGUCCAAGUCGUUGGCAUAGUCAUUUGCUUACAUGCAACCGCAAAGAUUUCUCAUAGAGCACAACGUGUUGCAUCUGUUGCUAGUAGAUGGCAUGCCUUGGUAACAAGUAACUCACCUGAUCCAUCUCGUAUGAGAGGCUCAAAUAGUGUGGGCAACUUCGAGGCACUUGCUAAUCCAAUAAGAUCAAUACCUACAGUCUUCUCUGAAAGUGAUUUGGAGUCAUUGGAUAGCAUUGGACCACCAAAUUAUACACAGCUGGCUUCUCAUGUGUCUUCAUACAAUAAGAGACAAGCAUUUGUAAUGUAUCUGCAGUCCAAUCCGGCUGGAGUCACAAUCUAUGGAUGGACGGUAGAUCGAGAACUCAUCAACACAGUUUUCCUAAUCGAGUUCUCACUGAUACUUUUCGUUCUUGGGAAAACCAUGAUCUUCACUUGAAAACCAACUUAAAGUUUCCCAUCCAACAAAAAAUGUGUCCGUCCGAGUAUUGCUGUUCCCCAUAACAUGAAGUAGAACAUAAAGGCUUUUUUCCGGUUUCGCUCAGGGAUUGAGAGGGACCUCUGAGGUAACACAGGUUCCGCCAAAAACAGAAUGCAGACAAAGACUAGAAUAAAGAAGGUAAACAGCUCGCAAUAUGCUCAUCAUUGGACGUUUUAACUCUGAAUAUCAAUCCUUUCCUGUUAUUAUUUUGUGUUUUGGUUGAUCGGGGUUGGCUAGUGAAUAUAAUGUUCUCCGUAUAUAAAAAGGAUACCUACACGAACGGAUUACUCAUUUGGCAUUA